CUAGACCAGACAGGCAGCAGUACCGGGCCACACGUCGAUGCGCGAGGACGUGCUCUGUGUGCGUGUACCGCUCGCUCUGUCCUAUCUCCCGCUGGUUCGCUUUCCUUAAUCUUCAUUUUUUUUCUAGAAGAUUCGUCGUAAAACUUUGACUGGGUUAGUUCGUUAUAACUCCACGGCGGAGUUCAGAGUUGACGCUUCCGAAACUAUUCGCAGUUUCAUUUGUCAAAAGGUGCGAGAAAAAACUUCUCGAACUUUUUGAAACAAAAUACUAUAACACUGUCUGGUGACUAGUCCACGUUUCAUUCAAGCGCCCUGCCGUUUUCAUUUCAGACAACAAGAUAAAAGAAAGCCCCCUCCAUGUGUUUUAAGAAAGAAUACAACGUUCAUUGACCGCCACACUGAUCUAAGAGUGCAGAAAGGAGGUAUACACUAUUCGACUCAGAUCGGCCAGAUCUCCCAAAGGCGGAAAAAUUGACCGAAACCGUCAGUCAAUUCUUCGUUUAAAAAGUCUACUCCCGGAGCAAUUUCCUUCCGAAUAUACCUUCCUACGGGGAAUAUUUCGCUUUUCGUUGAUCGGUGGUGUUCUUUUGAAGGGAUCGAGAAGAAGAAGAAGAAGAGGAUAAGAGUCCAUCUCUCCGCCACUUCCAAGAUGCUGGGCAAAGCUGUCGGCUUCGCAUUGGUGCUCGUUCUGCUGGCAGGCCAGGCACAGAGGGGGGCUGGCCUGAGAUGCUACCAGUGUGGCACCAUAAGCGAGGGCAUGUCCACGGUCAACCCCUGCUUCGGAGCCACCCUCGAGGACAACAAGGAGUGCGCCAUCACGGAUACACAUUGCAAGCGCUACAGUAACGAAGGCGUCUUGGUGUUGGCCUGUUCCAAGGACUGUGUCGAGAGCCGAACCCAGACAACGGACAUCACCUGCUGCUCAACGGACGGCUGCAACGGAGCGGGCGCCCUCAAACCCUGGCGCCAUCUUGAUGCCGUCUUGGUGGUCGCUGGGAUCUUGACGAUCAUCGGAUUCACUCUACCAGUCCAUUAGCUGUUAACCCGUUUGAAUGCCGAUCAAUACUCACCCUUAUUGCAUCAUCAACCUCUUGACACAGCUGCUAGUGUAGAAUAAUAAUAAGAGUAAUAAUAAUAACAAUAGCAACCCGGCUGGGACGAGGCGUUCCGCUGCUAAGGCUACCAGAUGACAACUGCCCUACGGACUUCGAUACAGAGUUGAAAUAACGGCUCACUCACUGUCAGCCAAAGAGAUGAUGUUCAUCGAUGCUUGCACACUGCAUCGAUCACCACUCAGCAGAGGAGCCAGCUGUGAAAUCAGUUCCGCAUUUUCUAAAUAAGCCUCGAUCAUAAUCGAUGGGAACGAGCUAGUACUAGUCUCGUCUACUUGCCUGCUUCCGCGAGAUCAUGAUGAACCAUCUCGAACGUAAAACUUAAGUUUGGAUUCGAUUACAUGAGCUUACGUAAAGUGAAAGUACAAGCAAGGCAGAAAUGGAAUUUGGAAAAAUCAUGAGAAAUGAAAGCCACGUAUAUACUAAGGGGAAAAAACAUUUCCUUCUCACUUUUAAGCUAUUUGCGCACUCACAUCUUCCCGCUUUCCCUAAAGAGGCACAUAACGUGAAUGCCGUCACAAUAUAUACUCGUAUAUUUACUUAAAUUUACUGUUCAUUUAUAUAUAGACAUUACGUACUAUACAAACGUACUUCAAUGUAUGAAUCAGCUCAAACCGGUGCAGCUUAGAAUCUCCAGACAUCACUCCGUAGUUUUCAUUUGCCUGAAUAGAUUCCAGUGCCGUAGAAGUCCUUUUUUUCCUUUAGAUGCUAGGGAUAAUUCUGAAGGAAACCUGAUUAGUUACUCUCUCUCUCUCUCUCUCUCUCUCUCUCUCUCUCCUCUCUCACUCUCUCUCUCUCUAUAGGAUUACUCUUCUCUAGACGUAAGUUGUCGAGUGGAUGCAAGAAGAAUCAAGGUCCCUUUGACAUAGAACCAUGAAUCAAAAUAGACUCAAGUCAUCUCGCCAGGAAUGACGGGAAUUCAAGACGAUACGAACCAAAAAGGACAUCAUCACGAACCGAAUAUGCUGUUCUAUAUAUUAUGUAAAUAAUGCUUCUUCUAUAGCUUCAUUCAGUGCAUGAACUAACGCUACUUUAAACUUGGUAUAAAGUUCUGUACCACGGAGAAGUCAAUCAAUGUACAGUAGGCUUAAUUAACAUAGGCCGUCAGGAAGAUGUACUAUAUAUAUAUGUCUGAAUUUUCUAAUAUCAUAGGAUAUUGUAGAGUAUGUACUUAAUUAAGCUUUGUAUACACUUUCUAAAUACUCCUUAGAAAUAACUUUUUUUUGGAUCAUUCUCUGUAGUCAGUCAAUAUAGUACUAUGUAGCAGAUCUUGUCCACUUGAGUCUAACGAUAUAUAUAUACACUUGUGAGUCUGUGCGCGCAUACGUAUAUAUAAUACUCAUGACUUGAUAUACAGCACUGGGUUGAGUUAUUUCUUCCAAGUAAGUAAGGUAGUUAAAUCCAGCAGUAUUUAAUUUGCGUAAGAAUAUCUCACCUAGUCGUAAACAUUAGCGAGGUUGUACUACUUCUAAGGUCGCUUGGACUCCAACAAGAGAGUAAAAAAAAAUAUAUUCGGUUUACAUUUGUCCCCUUUUUCUCGUAGUGAACUAAGCGACGGCUCAUGGUACCAUUAAUGCUGUAAAGUAUACCUGUGAUAACUGUGUUGAACAUAAACAAACAAACACGAAAGACGCACUUACAACAUAACACACAACGCACAUACACAAAACGAAAUGCUCUACAUCAGCUGCAAAAAGACGUAGGGAGCGGUAUAUAAUCAUUCCUUUAGAUAAGUUCGUUUCUAUAUUUAUUAGACUAAUGAUAAGUACACGAUCAAAAUCCUCACGAAGACACCACCAGAGAGACAAGAGAGCUUCGGUUCGAGCGAGACACGAGCGAAUGGAAGCAGUUGGCAACCUGCUACGCUCCAUGUCAAGAUGAAUUCAACAAGAAAGAAGCGAGAGAUAUAUAAAGGUUUCCGUAUUUAAAUCGAGAUCUCAUGUUGUUGCAGCUUUUGGUAUUUUAAAAGUAACUCUGAGACAUGAAGUGAGAGACGCUUCGCAUAAGGAGCAAUGAAAGUAACGGGUCCCUUUGCAGGAGAAAAAAAAAAAAAAAAAAAAAAAAAGCGUAUGGUCAAGUAGUACUUAUUCGACAAACAGACCUAAUUAGGUAAAUGUGGCGCCGUCGUAUUGGUCGUAACUAGCUAUUACGUUUCAUUUCGUCAAUUUUAUUUCGUUUACAAUUCCUUUCACAUGAUACGCACCCCUACAAGGAAACGAUGAUGCAGAUUGUCGUGCUACACGAAGGUAAAACCUCCAUUGUCCAUAAAUCUGUUACUUCCUCGUUUGGACGAGUGGGUUACGUCCUCGCCUACCGAUUCGGUGGUCACGAGUUCGAUUUCCCCCCGCUCUGCCAAAGUGGAAUCAGAGGAAUUUCUCGAUAUAAUGUGGUUCGGAUUCCACAAUAACCUGAAGUAGGUCACAUUGCUAGGUAACCAAUUGGUUCCUAGCCACGUCAAAAAACAUAUCUAAUCCUUCAUGGAAAAGUAAGAGAGAAAAGUAACAGAACCCUAUAGAAGCGAUGUCAUUUCAUUAAUUAUGAAAGGUUGGCAGUAAGGGAAAAGGGAAGGGCAAGGAGAAAUCCAGAGCCUUGCAAGUAGAGCAACGAAAUAGUUCUUGAAACCCUCUAUCCGAUAAUGAUUGAUUUCCAUGAAUGAGAGACGAGCUGGUGAGUCGGUGUUACAAGGCAGCCGCGCAAGAGUUCUUCCUUGAGCUCGUCAGAUUAACGGCCGAUGUCAUUCUACGGAAAAGAGAUAAAGAAGCCCUUGAGCCAAGAGGAAGAGGAGAGAAGAGACAAAAGAUGAACCGUUCGAGACGAACCACUUGAAACGUGAGGAGAGCGUGAGGAGAGCAAAUCUCCGAGACCGAGCGGACAGAUAAGAAACACUUCAUGAUUCUAUACCUGGGUUGACGACAAGGAAUUGAGGUGACGUCCAAAACGAAAUGCCUGAAUUUUUAAAGCGGGUAUAUAGAAUAUUUCCGUGAGAAAGAGAAAAGAAGAAGAUAUAAAGGUAGCAAAGGAAUAGGCCGAAUUAGACCUUUAUGACCAUGAGAUCAAAUAAAAAAUGCGCCCAAGUUUCUUCAGCGCAAUCGAGUUUUCUGUACAGCGUGUAAUCAAGGCCACCGAAAAUGGAUCUAUCUUCCGGUGGUCUCCGUAUAAUGCUGUAAGAGCAGCAGCGUCCCAUGAAACUUUAACCACUGUCCGGUGGUAGCCUGGCCUAUAUCGUUGUCAGACGCAUAAUUAUGGCUAAUUUUAACCCUAAAUAAAAAAAAAAAAAAAAAAAAAAAAAAAAAAAAAAACCACUGAAGCUAGAGGGCUGCAAUUUGGUAUAUUUGAUGAUUAGAGGGUAGAUGAUCAACAUACCAAUUUGCAGCCCUGUAGCCUUAGUAGUUUUUUAAGAUCUGAGGGCGGACAGAAGAAGCCAUCACAAUAGUUGUCUUUUCAGAAAACUGAAAAUGAAAGGCAAUUAGAUGAUCUGGGUAGAUAAUUGGACUAAAACUAUUCAUUUAGCUGGACGAACUUUGAACUGACAUCACCCACCGAGAGGAUUAUUAUUAUCGAUUCAAGUUCACCAAUCUGCGAAAUGAAGAAAUCAAGUCUUCAGUGAGAACCUCAACAUCGCUGGACCAGUCAAAGUAUACUAUACUUUAACUCUGCGCUGGACAACAGAGUAUAUGAUAAGAUGAUUUGCAGAGGCAGAAAGGGAGAUGAUGUCGAUGCGAGAGAAUGCAGACAACAGACGUCAUAUGUUAACAUUGGCGGCAUUUAAAAUGCAGCACGAUAAAUAUAGCGUUAGGCUUUGAUAAUGAGCAGUGAACAGGAGGACGCUGAUUUUUUUUUUUUUUUCUGGGGGGUGGGGGCAAAUACUUUUUCUGGUUAUUUUGUCAUUAUUUGGGAAUGCAUCAAUUCUACUUAUUCUUUAUAGGAAAAAAGUAUGGCAUUUUUUUAAUAUACUUUAUUUUGUCAAUAUUUGGGAAUGCAUAAUUUGCAUAUACUUUUUUCUGUUUUUUUGUCUUUAUUUUGGGAUGCAUAAAUUUGACGUAAUCUUUUUAGGAAAAAAGUAUGGAAUAUUUUUUUUUGCAUAUAACCUUGUCUAUUUUGUCAUUAUUAGGGAAUGCAUAAAUUUUACGUAAUCUUUAUAGGAAAAAAGUAUGGCAUUUUUGUCAUUAUUUGGGAAUUCAUAAAUUUUACUUAAUCUCUAUAGAAAAAAGUAUGGAAUUGUUUUGCAUAUAGCUUUUUAUAUUUUGUCAUUAUUAUGGAAUGCAUCAAUUUUGCUUAAUCUUCAUAGAAAAAGUAUAGUAGAAUUCGGUCGAACUUAUGAAAGAGAACAAUUUAAAAAAUUUUAAAAAAAUAGGUCUAUUAAAAAAGGCAGAAAAAAAAACUUUCAACUUAAUUUUGAUCGCCUCUUGUCAAGCAUUCGACGGGACUGUAAAUUGCAAUAUCCCGGAAACAGGAAUCAAUGGGCACUAACUACUAUGGCUAACGACCUCCAUUAUGGAGAUUUAUUGCCAAAAGCACCUAUUCUCUAUCUUGGGUUCAAGUGUUAUUGACCAACCCGACAUCCGACCCCUCUCAAAGUUAUUCGGCCAAUAAAUCAAUCCCGGAUGGACUGUCCUAUCAUAUCAUGCAACCAAACUACUGUAUUUAAUGAAAAAAAAACGAGUUUUAUACGAUAUCAAAUUGAGGUUUGGAAGGUCGUAAAAAGAUAAAUAAAAAAAGUGGGGGUAAGUGUCCUUAAUAACGGAGUGUAAUGUUAACAUUUUUAUCUAUUUAUUAAUUUAGCAAUUUUUUUUUAAUAAGCGAGAUCUUUUCUUUCUGCAUUUCUCCUUAGUUCGUCUUACUUCUUCCUAAUGAACACCUUAAUAUCCUUUGGAAGCUUCAAGAAUUCGAAAGUCCGUGGCCCCUUUGGUGGGCUUCUUGUUCCAUACGAAUAGGUUUCAUCUUUUAAA